GCAUAUUCUUGUGAACUCUCAAGUCUUCAUCUUUCCCUUUCUCUAUCUCAAUAUCAAUUUAAACCCUCUAGUUUUAGGGGAUCAUUUCCAAAGUAUAAGACUUUGUUGGCAUUUGCAUUUUGAUAAUAAAAUGGGAAGACAACCUUGUUGUGACAAAGUUGGGUUGAAGAAAGGACCAUGGACAGCAGAGGAAGAUAAAAAGCUCAUAAAUUUCAUCCUCACUAAUGGCCAAUGUUGUUGGAGAGCUGUCCCUAAGUUAGCAGGAUUGUUAAGGUGUGGGAAAAGUUGCAGGCUUAGAUGGACAAAUUACCUUAGACCUGACCUAAAGAGAGGACUUUUAUCAGAAUAUGAGGAGAAAAUGGUCAUUGAUCUUCAUGCUCAACUUGGCAACAGAUGGUCGAAAAUUGCUUCUCAUCUACCUGGAAGAACCGAUAAUGAGAUUAAGAAUCAUUGGAAUACUCACAUAAAGAAAAAGCUCAAGAAAAUGGGAAUUGAUCCUAUUACACACAAGUUACUCUCUAAUGAACAAACUCAAACACAACAACAACCAAUGGAACAAGAAAAACAUCAACAACAAUGUUUCCUAAUUGAACAUGAGAAUGAAAAAAAUAAGGAACCACUAAAGCAAGAAACUUCAUUUGAGUCAUCAACCAUCAAUGAAGCCAAAGAAGAACAACAAAUUAUGACACCACUUUUUGACUCAAUGGAAAUAGUGAAUGAGCUCUACAAAGAAGAACAUCCAAUAAUAAAACAAAAUGCAAUUCUAGCUCCAUGUGUUCCUUCCUCUUCAUCAACCACUACUUCGUCAUCGAUAUCAUCUUCUUCUAAUUCGAAUUCGAAUUCAAACUCAAACUCAAAUUCAUCCAAUUUCCUUGAAGAUUUGUUGCUCCAUGAUUUUGAGUGGUCACAUAAUUAUGUUGAUAAUAAUAAUAUUAAUAUUGAAAAUAAUAAUAACUACAAUAACAAUAGUAAUAAUAAUAUUAAUAUGGCAUUAUGGGAUGAUGAGUUUAUUAGAAGUUGGGAUUUUGUUCUCAAUGAUGAUGAUAGUGACAAAAAGCAAGUGUUAGAUGCUCCUCUUAAUCAGUAUCCAAAAGUGAUCAUGGAUUCAGAAUCAUGGGCCUAUGGAUUGUUUUGAUUUGAAAUUAUUUUUCUUUCAAAAUCCUGGUCACAGCUUACUUGUAAUGUUCUUGUAGGUUGUUGCAAAGAAUAAAGAGUGAAUCAGGAUUCAGAGAACACCAACUUUUGUUUUUGAGUAUUUUUAAUGUUUAUCCACUUUUCUUUCACCAACUUCUUACCUUAUCAUAAAGUGCAAAAAUUUUAUGUAUAUAGAACGUGUCGAUUUGUUGUUUAUCCAA